UGGGACGUGGUGUACAACGCCGUGCACCGGGCCGUGUGGGACGCCUUCUGCGCCAACCGGAGAGCCGACCGCGUCCCCAUCUCCUUCAAAGUGCUCCCCGGCGACCACGAGUACCCCAAGUGCAGGACGAAGAGGACGUCCUAUGAAUGGUAUAUUCCAAAAGGAAUCCUGAAGACUGGUUGGAUGAACAAACACCUGAAUUUGGUUCCAGCACUUGUUGUGGUGUUCUAUGAACUAGACUGGGAUGAACCGCAAUGGAAAGAAAAACAGUCAGAAUGUGCUACUCGAGUUGAAAUUGUCAGGCAAAGUUUGCAGGGAAGAAACACAAAAGUUGCUGUGGUUCUGAUUCAGAAAAAAACACCAUUACCUCCAGGGGAAGAUGUUAUUGCAUCAGAGAGGGCAGCAGCUUUAUGUAAUGCUUGUGACCUUUCUGGAAAAUCCCUCUUUGUACUUCCACACACUGAUCACCUUGUUGGUUACAUUAUAAGGUUGGAAAAUGCAUUCUAUGAGCAUGCACAGACUUACUAUUAUACAGAAAUACGAAGAGUUAAAUCUCACAAGGAGUUCUUGAACAAAACCACUCAUCAGCUUUUGUUUGUUAGACACCAGUUCAAAAUAGCAUUCUUCAGUGAGCUGAAACAGGAUACGCAGAAUGCUCUCAAAAAUUACAGAACUGCCUAUAAUCUUGUGCAUGAAUUGAGGGCUCAUGAAACAAACAUGCUGGAAAUCAAGACCAUGGCAGGAUUUAUAAACUACAAGAUCUGUCGCCUCUGUUUUCAACAUAAUACUCCACUGGAUGCAAUUGCUCAGUUCAGGAAACACAUCGACUUGUGCAAGAAAAAAAUAGGAAGUGCAGAACUGGCUUUUGAGCAUGCUGCCUGGAUGUCUAAACAAUUUCAGGCUUUUGGUGACUUGUUUGAUGAAGCAAUUAAGCUGGGAUUAACAGCAAUUCAAACGCAGAAUCCAGGUUUCUAUUACCAGCAGGCAGCCUACUAUGCACAGGAACGGAAACAACUAGCAAGUAUGCUUUGUAACCAUGAUUCCUCUGUGGUAUAUCCCAAUCCGGAUCCCCUGGAAACACAAACUGGAGUGCUUGACUUCUAUGGGCAAAGACCGUGGCGGCAGGGAAUAUUAAGCUUUGAUCUUUCUGAUCCUGAAAAGGAGAAGUUGGGGAUUUUAUCCCUACAGUUGAAAGAGAAAAAUGUCCUUCACUCAGAGCUAAUAAUCGCUUUGUUGAGUAAUGCUGUCGCGCAGUUCAAGAAAUACAAAUGUCCAAGAAUGAAAAGUCAUUUGAUGGUUCAGAUGGGAGAAGAGUAUUACUACGCUAAAGAUUAUGCCAAAGCUUUGAAGCUUUUAGAUUAUGUUAUGUGUGAAUAUCGCAGUGAAGGAUGGUGGACUCUUCUCACUUCCAUACUGACGACAGCUCUGAAAUGUUCAUAUUUGAUGGCCCAGCUAAAAGAUUAUAUAACGUACUCUUUAGAGCUACUGGGUAGAGCAUCUACUCUUAAAGAAGAUCAGAAAUCUCGAAUAGAAAAAAAUCUGAUAAAAGUUCUAAUGAAUGAAAGCCCAGAUCCUGAACCUGAUUGUGAUGCUGCUGCUGUGAAAGCAUCACAAAAAUUGUGGGCUGACCGUGUUUCCUUGGCAGGCAGUAAUGUUUUUACGAUAGAAGUCCAAGAUUUUAUACCAUUUGUGCAGUGUAAAACAAAAUUUCUUGCUCCUAGUUUUCAUGUUGAUGUUCCUGUGCAGUUUGAUGUAUACUUGAGAGCUGAUUGUCCUCAUCCUAUCAGGUUUUCAAAGCUCUGCAUCAGUUUCAAUAAUCAGGAUUACAACCAAUACUGCGUAGUAGAAGAAGCCUAUCAAAAAAGUGAUAUUCUAGAACAGUCAUCUCAAGGAACAAUGUGCUUAGUCCCUGGCAAAACAAGAAAGUUCACUUUCAAAUUUGUUGCAAAAACUGAAGAUGUAGGAAAGAAGAUUGAGAUCACCUCUGUGGAUUUGAUCCUGGGAAGUGAAUCUGGCCGAUGCGUGAUUCUAAACUGGCGUGGAGGAGGUGGUGAUGCUGCUUCAUCUCAAGAAGCAUUGCAGGCAGCACGUUCCUUCAAGCGGAGACCUAAGCUUCCAGAUAACGAAGUGCACUGGGACAGUUUGACUAUUCAGGCAAGCACUAUGAUUAUUUCUAGAGUGCCAAACAUUUCUGUUCAGCUCCGACAUGAGCCUCCUGCCCUGACUAAUGAAAUGUAUUGUUUGAUUGUGACAGUCCAGUCACAUGAGGAGACAGUGGCCAAAGAUGUUAAGCUUACAGCAGGUUUAAAGCCAGGGCAAGAUGCCAACCUGACUCAGAAAACUCAGGUGACUCUUCAUGGAACAGAAACAUGUGAUGACUCCUUUCCUGCACUGCUUCCUGAUAUCCCUGUAGGAGACUUGCAACCAGGGGAAAAGCUUGAAAAACCAAUAUACAUUCGUUGUGGAACGGUCGGCGCAAGAAUGUUUCUGGUUUAUGUUUCUUACUUAAUCAGCACUGUCGUUGAGGGGAAAGAAAUCCUCUGCAAGUGCCACCGGGAUGAAACUGUAACCAUAGAAACAGUAUUUCCUUUUGAUGUUGCUGUCAAAUUUGUCUCCACAAAGUUGGAGCACUUGGACAGAGUAUUUGCAGAUAUACCAUUUUUACUGAUGACAGACAUCCUGAGUGCCUCUCCGUGGCCUCUCACUAUUGUAACCAGCCAGCUACAGCUGUCAGCUUCCAUGACCCCAGUGGAUCAACUGGAAUCUUAUGUGGAGAAUGUUGUUUUACAGACAGGUGAGAGUGCCAGCGAGUGCUUUUGCCUUCGAUGUCCUCCAGUUACUAAUGCUGGUGGAGUGGCAACUGGAUGUUACGUCAUUUCCUGGAAGAGAAGCUCACCUGUGGAAAGUGUACCUGUUGUUAGUACAGUCAUCACUCUGCCGCAUGUGAUUGUAGAGAGCAUUCCCCUCCAUGUUAAUGCAGAUCUGCCAUCAUUUGGUCGAGUCCGAGAAUCCCUACCUGUCAGAUAUCACCUGCAAAAUAAGACCAACUUAGUCCAGGAUGUGGAGGUGUCAGUGGAACCCAGUGAUGCCUUCAUGUUCUCUGGCCUUAAACAGAUCCGAUUAAGAAUCCUUCCUGGCACUCAGCAGGAAAUGUUAUAUAAUUUCUAUCCUCUGAUGGCUGGAUAUCAGCAGUUACCAUCUCUUCAUGUUAACCUGCUGCGAUUCCCAAACUUCACUAAUCAGCUGCUCAGACGAUUCAUACCGACACAUAUUUUUGUAAAGCCUCAGGGUCGUCAAGCAGAUGAUAACUCAAUUGCGGCUGCGUAA